AUGGUCACAGGAUAUUGUGCGGUUGGCCGUUCCCGUUCGAUUUGUGAAAUUGGGAAAAUCAAAACGGUGGAAGUGUCGGAUCCGAGAAGCGCUAAGGUGUUUCCUUCUAACAUCCAUAAAGCGAAUACAACAGAUAACAACGCUGUUGGUAAUGUAGCAACGGAAAGCACAACUAAGACGCAUUUAAGGAAAUCGAAUUCAGUCGUUGUUAACGGAAAACGUGUGAAAAAUAGCUUAAUAUUCAUGGAAUCGCUUAUUCCUGUUAUUAACAAAUUGCAAGAAGUUUUCUCCGCAAUUGGCACUCGUGAAGCAGAAAUACAACUGCCACAAAUUGUCGUCGUUGGCUCACAGAGUGCAGGUAAGAGUUCUGUCUUGGAAGGUAUCGUCGGCCGGGAUUUUCUACCUCGUGGGGCUGGUAUUGUUACCAGACGACCGCUGGUUUUGCAGCUAGUCAAUAUACUUACCGAUGAUAAAGAAGUCAGAAUUACUGGUGAAGGUACGACGAUAAAUGCAACUGAUUGGGCUGUGUUUGGUCACUUAAAGGAAAGGAUUUUCACAGAUUUCGAUGAGGUGAGGCGGGAAAUCGAACUUGAAACGGAGAGAAUCACGGGAAAAAACAAGGGAAUAUCUGGAAUGCCAAUCAAUCUUAAAAUUUGUUCACCCAAUGUAGUGAAUUUAACGCUUAUAGAUUUGCCCGGCAUGACGAAAGUGCCAGUGGGUGAUCAGCCUACGGAUAUUGAAGUUCAAGUUCGGGAGUUAAUUAUGAAUUAUAUAGGAAAUCCAAAUUCCAUUAUUCUUGCUGUGACACCUGCAAACCAAGACUUCGCCACUUCAGAACCAUUGAAAUUAGCAAGAGAGGUCGAUCCGGAAGGUUGUCGAACGCUAGCUGUGCUCACUAAACUUGAUCUGAUGGAUCAUGGCACUGACGCCAUGGAAGUUCUUCUCGGACGCGUUGUUCCAGUGAAGCUUGGCAUUAUAGGAGUUGUGAAUAGGUCCCAAGCGGAUAUCAUGAACAAAAAACCGAUCGAUGAUUGUUUACGCGAUGAGCAGUCAUUUUUGCAACGAAAGUAUCCAACAUUGGCAAGCAGAAAUGGAAUUCCUUAUUUAUCGAAAACACUCAAUAGAUUACUGAUGCACCAUAUACGAGAAUGUCUUCCACAGUUGAAAAUGCGAGUAAAUGUUCUGAUAGCGCAGUGCCAAACAUUGCUCAACUCAUACGGAGAGCCUGUGCAAGAUUAUGGAAGUACAUUGCUACAAAUUAUAACCCGUUUUGCAACUGCGUACACCACGACCAUUGAAGGUACAUCGAGGAAUAUCGAAACGUCGGAGCUUUGUGGCGGAGCGCGUAUAUGUUAUAUCUUCCAUGAAACAUUUGGUCGAGUUCUAGAAUCAAUUGAUCCAUUGGGUGAUUUAACGCAACUCGAUAUAUUGACAGCAAUACGUAAUGCAACGGGCCCUCGACCAGCUCUAUUCGUACCGGAAGUGAGCUUUGAAUUAUUGGUAAAAAAGCAAAUUCGCCGAUUGGAAGAGCCCAGUUUGCGUUGUGUGGAGCUUGUGCACGAAGAAUUGCAACGAAUUGUGCAGCACUGUGGCAUUCAUACGCAGCAGGAAAUGCAACGAUUUCCCCGUUUGUACGAUAAAAUAAAUGAAGUGGUAAGCAAUGUCCUGAAAAGUCGUUUAAAGCCAACGAAUGAGAUUGUCGAAAAUUUGGUAGCAAUUGAACUUGCAUAUAUUAAUACCAAGCAUCCAGAAUUCGCCGAUGCAUCACUUGGCAGUUUGUUAAAGGAGCACGUUUCUAUUGACGAUGAAUCGAAACGGUCUAUGAAACGCGGUCAGCAAACUGAAACAACACUGCACAAAGUGCACGAGAAUCCUGCGGCUACCGGCAUGUCGUCUUCAGCUGGUGAUUCAGUUGGCACGCAGAAUUCAACCGAAAUUUCAAGCUUCACCGGAUGGUUCUUUGGUGGAAAUGCAAAAGACAAGGAGUCAAUAUUGCCGCCUGUAUCAGCUCGAAAACCUGUGAGUUUUUUGCCGGAAGUGCCGGAGAAGACAAUCACACGAAAGUUGACCGCUCGUGAGCAGAAAGAUUGCCAAAUAAUAGAACGACUCAUUCGGUGUUAUUUCAUGAUUGUCAGGAAGAAUGUCCAAGACACAGUACCCAAAGCCAUUAUGCAUUUCCUAGUGAAUUAUGUUCGCGACAAUUUACAAAGUGAGCUCGUACAACAGUUGUAUAAACGCGAAGUGAUUGAGGAACUGCUCACUGAAAGUCCAGUUAUGGCUCAAAGGAGAAAGGAAGCGGCUGAAAUGCUUAACGCGCUCAAUAAAGCAAGCAGCAUAAUUAGUGAAGUUCGUGAAACCCAAAUUUGGUGAAUACAUUCGUUAUUUUGAUGGCGUCAUCGUCCAACUGGUGCUGGAUCAUAGUGCAGAAGUACGACAUGUGGGACUAAUAUAAAUAUAAUCAUUUGUAUUUGAUAAAAGAUUU